AUGAAUCCAGUCAGAGUAUUUCCAUUGAAAUUCAAUGAAUUACAAAAUACUCAAAGCACUUCAAGUUCGCCAUAGUUAAAGAAAAAACCAACUCAAAAACUGAUAGAAAAACCAUUUCUUUUAAACAUGUCUCCCAUAUUGUAAGUAAUUCAAAUUUGAUUGAAGAAACGGGCAAUCGCCAAUUAAGGGUAAAUUUAAUGUGAAACGACUUACUGUAAUACCCAAACAAGAGGAAAAAUUCUAAUUAGUAGCUAAUAUUACGAUUUUCAUAGGCCCAAUAAUAAAGGCCAUCUUAGUCAACGAGUUCAUCCCCAAAGAAGAGAGUAAUAAGUGGAGCAAACUAUGCUGAAGUAUAUCGAAUCUUUAAAUAGUCAUAAUCUCCGAUGAAACUACCAAAUCUUAGAAGAGCAGAUACUCAAUUGAAUAACAACAUCCAAAACAAGGAUGAGACUUUGCAAGAGAUGAAAAGUUCAAAAAGAAAAGACACAACUACAGACGGUACUCCUUCUGUAAAUCCAUCGUUUAAUUAACCUAGCAAUAAAUCAGAGGGUCAAUAAUCAAACUGAUCUCUGAGUCUGCUCCUGACUCUAGACCCUCAGUAUCCAGAGCUAAAUUGGCAUCUUAAACUGUAGAAUAAGAAGUUAAGCCGAAGGUUUCUAGCCAAAUGGUGAUGUUACACGGCAGAUCAACCAGUCAAGCGACAUUAGUAAACACAUUUAUCCUAGAUAAUGAAAUGCAAGAUUAUGUGAAUUUGUAUCAUUCCAAGUAUUGUUGCAUAAUAAUAAGAUCCCAAGCUGGGUAGAAUGGAUAAGGCUAAACUAAAACCAAUUAAGACAGCAUAAUCAUUACUAACAAUUUGGGUGGAAUUAAAAAUAGAUAUAUAUUUUCAGUUUGCGAUGGUCAUGGUGUCUAUGGACAUUAUGUGUCUUAAUUAGUUAAGAAGUUGUUACCAAAUAUCAUAGACUAAUAACUUAAAUCAAAUAUAGGAAUGCAAGAGAAAGAUAUCGGUGAAAAUCAUUAUGCUAGUAUCACUAAAGCUAUGACUUAAAGCUUUUAGAAGAUGCAGAAAGAUUUGUCCAAUUGUGGUAUUGAUGUUACAUUUAGUGGAACUACUUGUUCUUUGGUUUUGAUUUCUGGACCUCAUUUGUGGUGUGCCAAUAUAGGAGAUUCGAGAGCAGUAAGCUUUCUUGAAAUUAUAAUUUAGAUUUUAAUUUAGUAAUAGAAUAAUUAAAAAUGGAAGACCAUCGAAUUGAGUAAUGACCAUAAACCAGAUCUACCUGAGGAAUACAAAAGAAUAAUUUCUAGUAAAGGGAGAGUGGAACCCUACAUUAGUGAAAAUGGAGAGAUGAUUGGUCCACCCAGAGUCUGGUUAUUGCACGAUCAAAUUCCAGGAUUGGCCAUGAGCAGAUCCUUUGGAGAUUAUGUGGCAUCAACUGUUGGAGUGAGUUGUGAACCAGAAAUCAUUCAUUACAGAAUGAAUGCCAAUUAAGCAUUCUUAGUUGUAGCAAGUGAUGGAGUGUGGGAGUUCUUUUCUAAUGAUGAAAUCUAAAAGAUUGUUGUUUCCCAUUGGCAACCUAAUAUGACAGCCAAAAAACUAAGCGAGAUAUGCGAUCAAAUAGUCAAACUCUCUACUUAAAGAUGGCAUUAGGAAGAUGAAGUGGUAGAUGACAUAUCAAUUGUCAUUGCUUAUCUCUAAAAAACAUGA